CCGCUCCCCUCUGCCGGCAGCCAUGGCCGAGAUCGCCAGCGUCCGCCCCAGCUUCGAUGUCUCCCCAGUUGUGGCCGGCCUCAUCGGCGCCACCGUCUUAGUGGUGUCUGUCUCCGCAACCGUGUUCGUAUGGACUUGCUGCCAUCAGCAAGCGGAGAAAAAACACAAGAGCCCUCCUUACAAGUUCAUCCACAUGCUGAAAGGGAUCAGCAUCUACCCGGAGACCUUGAGCAACAAGAAGAAAAUCAUAAGGAUCCGGCGAGACAAGACAGGCGCUGCCGUGAAAGACGGUAGAGGAAACCUUUCCGUAGACGCCGCAGAAGCGGGGCUCGUGAGCUCCGACGUUACCCCCGGCGGGUUGAGCAUGGCGGCCCCUUGUGUCAACCAACUCCCGAUCAAGGUCAGUUACGGAGAAGAACUGAGUCCGGAUCAAAGCUUGACCCCAGCCGGCAGCAAACCUUCCUCUCCGUCAUCCCCAGAAGAGGACAUCAUGUUGGGAACGCUGACUUUUUCAGUGGACUACAACUUCCCCAAGAAGGCGCUGGUGGUCACCAUUCAAGAAGCCCAUGGCUUGCCGGUCAUGGACGAACACAAUCAGGGCUCUGACCCCUACAUCAAGAUGACAAUCCUGCCGGAUAAGAGGCACCGAGUGAAGACGCGCGUCCUCCGCAAGACCUUGGACCCUGUCUUCGACGAGACCUUCACCUUCUACGGGAUCCCCUACAGCCAGCUUCAGGAUCUAGUCCUUCAUUUCCUGGUGCUGAGCUUUGACCGCUUUUCCCGAGAUGAUGUCAUCGGAGAAGUCAUGGUGCCGCUAGCUGGGGUAGACCCCAGCACUGGAAAGGUCCACCUCACCAGGGAGAUAAUCAAAAGGAACAUACAGAAAUGCGUCAGCAGAGGGGAACUGCAGGUUUCCUUGUCCUACCAACCUGUCGCCCAGCGGAUGACCGUCGUGGUGCUCAAAGCCAAACAUCUGCCCAAGAUGGACAUCACCGGCCUCUCAGAUCCCUACGUCAAAGUGAACGUCUACUAUGGCCGAAAGCGCAUCGCCAAAAAGAAGACCCACGUCAAGAAGUGCACGUUGAACCCCGUCUUCAACGAGUCCUUCAUUUACGACAUCCCCGUGGAUCUCUUGCCCGACAUCAGCAUCGAGUUUCUGGUCAUCGACUUCGACCGCACCACGAAAAACGAGGUGGUGGGGCGGCUGAUCCUGGGGGCGCACAGCGUCACGGCUGGCGGCGUGGAACACUGGCGGGAGGUAUGCGAGAGCCCCCGGAAGCAGGUGGCCAAGUGGCACAGCUUGAGCGAAUAUUAGCAGGGUGCGCGGAGAGCGCGGAGCGCUCGCGCUCGCA